AUGGUUAAGUGCUAUAUUUGGCCGGUACUGUUGUAUGAUGCAGAAGUGUGGACGCUAAAAGUAUCGAUCAUGAACAGGAGUGAAGAAUUGGAAAUAAUGUGGAUUUAUAGACGAGUGCUGAAUAUAUCUUGGACAAGCACGUAUAAACUUAUUGUUGUAUGGUAUAAGUCAGAUGAACUUAAGGAUGUAUUCAAUAUAAUAUUGACAGAGUUUUGGCCGUACGAUUUAAUGAAUGGAGAAAGCAAUAAACAAACUAAGGAGAUGUACAACUUGAUGAACACUAUAAAAUGGGCUUUCAUUGGGGGAACUUGUUUUUAUGCUGCAGUGUUUCUUAUUCCCCCACUGUUUAUCACAAAUCGACUUCCAUACCCCGUUGCAUACCCCUUCGACUGGACAGCUACUCCAUGGUAUCACAUUGUAUACUUUACACAGGCAUUUUCUCAUCUAAUCACUGUAUCAUUUAUUGCACCUGCAGCAGACUAUAUGGCUCUUGGCAUAUUGUUAAAUAUUAGCAGUCAGUACUGUAUCCUACAAGAAUACAUCGAAAUAUUUAAUACCCCUGAGAUGUAUGCCACUAACAAACGACUAAGGGAAAUUAUGAAUGAUGGUUUAGAAAAUAAAUAUACGGAUGAAAGAAGAGAAUAUUUUGUUAGGUUUGUUAGACAUCAUCAGCUAAUUUUAAGGUAA